AUGGCUCAGAAGUGCGUCCACAAAGGUUGUGGCAAGGUUUACUCGGAUCCAGAUGAGACCUGUGUUUACCAUCCGGGUCCUCCAAUCUUUCACGAGGGUCAGAAAGGCUGGAAAUGUUGUAAACCGAGAGUCCUGACCUUUGACGAAUUCCUCGAGAUCCCGCCUUGCACAGAAGGAAAGCAUAGCACAACUGAUCUACCCCCGGAGAUCGAGAAGAAGACUCCAGAGAAUACCGAUGUGAAUUCGACCUUAGCUUCAAAACUCACCGAGGCUGUAUCUGCAGUACCUACUCGUGCCCCUCUCAAUCCUCAGCCUGCUCCUACUGCCCCCCCGCCGCCUCCCGAGUCCGAAGAUGACGAUUCAUCUCUUGAGAUCCCCGAUGGCAAGGUUUGCCGCCGGAAAGGCUGCAAUGUAGCUUAUAAGAAGAGUCAAGGCAGAUCUGACGACGAGAAAUGUGUCCAUCAUCCUGGCGCCCCCAUAUUCCACGAAGGCAGUAAGGGCUACAGCUGUUGCAAGAGACGGGUGCUAGAGUUCGACCAGUUCAUGAAGAUUGAGGGAUGUAAAACCUCGCCCAGACACUUAUUCAUCGGCUCCGGACAACAGAAGAGCAAGCCCGGCGCGGCCAAUUCUUCCGUAACCGCGAAUGGCGAGGAGCUACUUGAAACCGUGCGGCAUGACUUCUACCAGACACCUUCGACGGUAAUAGCAUCUUUCUUCCUCAAGAAGAUUGACAAGGAUAAAGCGUCGGUGAAUUUCGAGUCUCAAACAAUUGUACUUGACCUACCAACAAGUGACGCGCAACCUAAGCGCUAUAAGACCAGCGUCCCAUUAUUCGGCCGCAUCGACCCAGAAAAGUCGACGCACAAGAUCCUCGGCACGAAGCUCGAGGUUAGCUUGUGCAAGGCGGAUGGCGCGAGCUGGCCGGUCCUGCGGAGCGACGAGCGACUGACAGGCGAGAUCUUGCAGGUUGGACGGGCGGGACGAGUGUAG